AAAUGUUGAAGUUCAAAUAUGGAGGACAUGGCAGCGUCAAAGAUUUGGCGUCAGUGGAUCCCAUCACAAGUCGCUGUUCGCGCCUUAACCAGCUCCUACAGGGGAAAAACAGCGUGUAUGGCUUUGCCGGAGGACAUGGGUUGACGAGGGAGAGUCUGUUGGACUCUCUGCUGCUGCUCUAUCAGGAGUGCAGCUCUCCAGAGCUCAUGAAGAUCAAACAUGUGGCCAACUUCGUCCGUAAAUUUUCUGACGUGGUGGCUGAGCUGCAGCAACUGCAGCCACGUAAGCGGGAUUUUGAAGUGAGAGGAGUGGUGGGCCGUGGGCAAUUCGCAGAGGUGCAGGUGGUGAAGGAGAGGGCUACAGGAGAUAUAUACGCUAUGAAGGUCAUGGACAAGAACUGCCUCCGCACUCAGGACAAUGUGGCAUUCUAUGAAGAAGAGCGGGCCAUCCUGGCUCUCAGCAGCACUCCUUGGAUUCCACAACUCCAGCAUGCAUUUCAGGACCAGGAUAAUGUCUACCUGGUGAUGGAGUACCUGCCGGGAGGGGACCUCAUGGCUUUGCUGAACAGAUAUGAGGAUCAGUUUGAUGAACCUAUGGCUCAGUUUUACCUAGCAGAGCUGGUCCAGGCCAUCCAUGUAGUACACCAGAUGGGAUAUGUGCAUAGAGAUGUGAAACCAGAGAAUGUUCUUAUUGACCGUACGGGACACAUUAAACUGGUGGAUUUUGGCUCUGCUGCUAAACUGACUGCAAAUAAAACGGUGGGCGCCUUCAGGCUUCCAGUGGGCACUCAGGACUUCCUGGCCCCAGAGGUUCUCUCUGCCCUGAGUGGGGGACCUCAGUGCAGUUAUGGUGCUGAAUGUGACUGGUGGUCUCUGGGGGUUAUAGCUUAUGAGAUGAUCUACAUGAAGUCACCUUUCACUGACGGCACCUCAGCCAAAACCAUCAACAACAUCAUGAACUUCCAACGUUAUCUGAAGUUCCCUGAAGAACCCAAAGCCAGCCCACAAUUUGUGGAUCUUGUACAGAGUUUGUUAUGCGGGACACGAGAUCGGCUGGACUACGAGGGCCUGCGCUCUCAUCCCUUCUUCUCCACUGUGGACUGGAGCAGCCUCAGACAUACCGUCCCUCCCUUCGUUCCGUCACUCCGCGCUGAAGAUGACACGUCCAAUUUCGAGGAGCCGGACAGGGCCCCCCGGCCCGCAGCCCAGCCGCAGCUCCAGCACCCCCCGGGCUUCCAGGGACAGGACCUGCCUUUUCUAGGCUGGUUCUUCAGCCGGGCCCUAACUGCACUGGCCAGAUCCGAAUCAGUGGCGGCAGGCCUCAACUCUCCGGCCAAGACCAACUCCAUGGAAAAAAAACUGCACCUCAAAAGCAAAGAACUUCAAGACACCCAAGACAAAUGUCACAAGAUGGAGCAGGAGAUUUCACGCUUCCAGCGUAAGAUGACGGACCUGGAGUCGGUGCUCCAGCAGAAAGAUGUGGAGCUCAAAGCCUCAGAGACACAAAGGAGCAUCCUAGAGCAGGACCUCGCCACCUAUAUCACCGAAUGCAGUAGCUUGAAACGCAGCUUGGAACAGGCUCGCGUGGAAGUCUCUCAGGAGGAUGACAAGGCUCUGCAGCUGCUCCACGACAUCCGCGAGCAGAGCAACAAGCUGCAGGAGAUUAAAGAGCAGGAGUACCAUGCCCAGCUGGAGGAGAUGCAAGUUACGAUCAGGCAACUGGAGGAGGAUCUGUCGGCUGCCCGGCGCCGUAGUGAUCUGUACGAGUCCGAGCUCCGAGACUCGCGCCAGACCAGCGAGGAGCUCAAGAGGAAAGCUGCGGACUACCAGCAGAGGAUCCAGAAGGCAAAAGAGCAGGGCAAAGCUGAGGCGGAGGAGCUGCUCACUAAGCUGGAGAAGACUAACGCAGAGCAGCAGCUGAAGAUCCAGGAGCUGCAGGAUAAGCUGUCUAAGGCUGUGAAGGCCAGCACAGAGGCUACCGAGCUCCUACAGAACAUCCGUCAGGCCAAAGAGCGGCUGGAGCGUGAGCUGGAGCGGCUGCGCUGCAAAUCUGACCCCAGCGAUACCUUACGUAGACGUCUGCGCGAGACUGAGGAGGGUAGAAAGACUUUGGAGAAUCAAGUGAAAAGGCUGGAGAUGGUGGAGCGCAGAGAAAACAAACUGAAAGAUGACAUUCAGACCAAAUCCCAGCAGAUUCAGCAGAUGGCCGAGAAGAUCCUGGAGCUGGAAGAGAACCUGAGGGAGACCCAGGCCACAGCCCAGAGGAUGGAGGCCCAUCUAGUUCAGAAGGAAAGACUGUAUGAGGACAAGAUCAAGGUGCUGGAAGCUCAAAUGAAAAUGGAUCAGGCUGAUAAAGAUGUUCUGGAGGCCAAGCGAGCUCAGCAGGAAGAGGAGGUUCGCGAGAAAGGCAAACUCCUAAGCGAACAGAAAGCUACCAUCAAUGCCAUGGAGAAUAAGAUGAAGAGUCUGGAGCAACGUAUUGCUGAACUCUCGGAGGCCAACAAACUGGCAGCCAACAGCAGCAUCUACACACAAAAAAACAUGAAAGCCCAGGAGGAGAUGAUCUCUGAGCUGCGUCAGCAGAAGUUCUACCUGGAGUCCCAGGCAGGGAAGCUGGAGGCUCAGAACGCCAAACUGGAGGAACAUCUGGAGAAGAUGAGUCAGCAGGAGCAGAGCAAAAAGAGCCGUCUGAUGGAGCUGGAGGCCAGACUCCGAGAGAUGGGUCUAGAGCAUGAGGAGCAGAAGUUGGAGCUGAAGCGGCAGGUGACGGAGCUGACACUGUCUCUGCAGGAGAGAGAGUCUCAGAUUAGCAGCCUGCAGGCUGCACGCCAUGCGCUGGAGAGCCAACUACAGCAGGCCAAGACUGAACUGGAGGAGACCACCGCAGAGGCUGAGGAGGAGAUUACUGCUCUCAGAGCACACAGAGAUGAGAUUCAGCGCAAAUUUGAUGCCCUAAGGGACAGCUGCUCGGUUAUCACAGACCUUGAGGAGCAGCUGACACAGCUGACCCAGGAGAACGCAGAGCUGAACCGGCAGAACUUCUACUUAUCCAAGCAGCUAGAUGAGGUGACCGAUGAACGCGAGGAAAGACUACAGCUCACCCAGGACGUGGACCGCCUGCGCAGAGAGGUGGCCGACAGGGAGAUGCAUCUGAACAACCAGAAACAGAACAUCGAGACACUGAAGACGACGUGCAGCAUGCUGGAGGAGCAGGUGGUGGAACUGGAGACGCUGAAUGAUGAGCUGCUGGAGAAAGAGCGACAGUGGGAAGGUUGGCGGGCCGCACUGGAGGAUGAGAAGGAGCAGGCGGAGCGUCGAACCCGCGACCUACAGCGUCUCCUCGACAAUGAGAAGCAGAACCGACUGCGUGCUGACCAGCGCAGCACUGAGUCCCGGCAGGCCGUAGAGUUGGCCGUCCGAGAACACAAGGCUGAAAUCCUCGCUCUGCAGCAGGCACUCAAAGAGCAGAGGCUUAAGGCAGAGAGCCUGUCUGAUACUCUGAAUGACCUGGAGAAGAAGCACGCCAUGCUGGAAAUGAACGCUCGCAGCCUCCAGCAGAAACUAGAGACAGAGAGGGAGCUCAAACAGAGGCUAAUGGAAGAGCAAGGGAAGCUGCAGCAGCAGAUGGACCUCCAGAAGACUCACAUCUUCAGACUGACUCAGGGCCUGCAGGAUGCACUGGACCAGACUGAUCUUCUAAAGACUGAGAGAACAGACCUGGAAUACCAACUUGAGAACAUACAAGCUGUGUAUUCACACGAGAAGGUGAAGAUGGAGGGCACUAUCUCCCAGCAGACCAAACUCAUUGACUUCCUUCAGGCUAAGAUGGACCAGCCCACCAAGAAAAAGAAGGGUAUUUUUGGCCGUCGACGGGAGGAGCUGGGGGCUAGUGGUAAUGGGGCGACAGCUGUGCCUCAGAGCCAGCCAGCAGUGCCCAUGCAGUACAGUGACAUGAAAGCAGCGCUGGAUAAAGAGAGAGCACGCUGCUCAGAGCUGGAGGAGGCUCUGCAGAAGAUGAGGAUAGAACUACGUUCUCUGCGAGAGGAAGCAGCUCAUUUUAAGGCUCAGGAGCAUGUAGCCCCAUCCACACCCGCCUCGGCCCGACACCAGAUUCUCAUGUCGGCCAUCGUUAAAUCACCUGAGCGCCAGCCAAACCCCAGCAGUCUGCUGAACCCAGCCAGCUCUGCUCGCCGCAAAGAGACCUCCACACCCGAGGAGAAGAGGAGGGUUACGUUUGAAAAGUAUGGACGGCGUGUGAAGGAGAGGAUGCACCAUAACAUUCCUCACCGCUUCACUGUGGGCCUCAACAUGAGAGCGGCUAAAUGUGCGGUGUGCCUGGAUACUGUGCACUUCGGCCGACAGGCUGCAACCUGCCUGGAAUGCCAUACUCUGUGCCAUCCUAAGUGCUCCCCCUGUCUUCCCGCUACAUGUGGCCUGCCUCCAGAAUACGCCACCCACUUCUCGGAGGCUCUGUGCAGAGACAAGGCCAACUCUCCAGCCCUUCAGGUCAAAGAGGCCUCUGGUCACGUGCGCCUGGAGGGCUGGAUGAAGCAGCCCAGGAAUGGCAAGCGUGGUCAGCAAGGAUGGGAGAGCAAGUAUGUUGUUCUGGACGGAACCAAAGUCUCCAUCUAUGAGUCCGAACCCAGAGAAGAUUCCGUGAAGCCGCAAGAGGAGUUUGAGCUGUGUUUGCCGGAUGGUGAGGUGACAGUGCAUGGAGCUGUUGGAGCUUCAGAGCUCAUCAACACUGCCAAGUCAGAUAUCCCAUAUGUGCUGAAGCUGGAGUCUCAUCCUCACACUACGUGUUGGCCUGGUCAGUCUCUCUACUUCAUGGCCCCUAGUUUCCCUGAUAAGCAGCGCUGGGUGGCAGUUCUGGAGUCAGUGGUGGCUGGCAGCAGGGGCUCCCGUGAUAAAAGCGAAUCAGAUGCGGCAGGUGUAGCUAAACGACAGAAGAAUCUCUCACCAUUGGUGCAGAAACUACUGGGGAACUCUUUGCUGAAGCUGGAGGGUGAUGACCGUUUGGAUAUCAACUGUACUUUACCCCUGACUGAUCAGAUUGUAAUGGUGGGUUCAGAGGAGGGUCUUUAUGCUCUGAAUGUAAUAAAGAACUCUCUGACACACAUCCCGGGCCUCACCUCCGUCUUCCAGAUCCAGAUUCUUAAAGAACUCGACAAACUGCUCAUGAUCACGGGAGAGGAGCGUGCUCUGUGUCUGGUGGAGAUUAAGAGAGUGAAGCAGUCUCUGUCUCAGUCUCACCUGCCUGCUCAGCCUGAACUCAGCCCCUAUAUUUUUGAGACAGUGAAGGGCUGCCAUCUCUUCGCCUCUGGCAAGAUUGAAAACACAAUGUGCAUUUGUGCUGCAAUGCCCAACAAGAUCACCAUCCUGCGCUACAACGAAAGCCUCAGCAAGUUCUGCAUUAGGAAGGAGAUAGAGACCUCAGAGCCCUGCAGCUGUAUUCACUUCACAGGCUACAGCAUCAUUAUCGGCACCAACAAGUUCUACGAGAUCGAGAUGAAGCAGUAUGUGCUGGAGGAGUUCCUGGAUAAGAACGAUGUGACGCUGGCCUCGGCUGUGUUCGCAGCCUCCUCCCACAGCUUCCCCAUCUCCAUCAUCCAGGUCUCCUGCGCCCCACAGAAGGAUGAGUACCUUCUCUGUUUCCAUGAGUUUGGAGUGUUUGUGGACGCAUACGGCCGCAGAAGUCGCAGUGAUGAUAUCAAAUGGAGCAGGCUGCCACUGUCUUUUGCUUACAGAGAGCCUUACCUGUUUGUGACUUACUUCAACUCUUUGGAUGUGAUUGAGGUCCAGAGCCAUUCUGCUUUGGGGCCUCACUCCUACGCCCACCUGGACAUCCCUAACCCGAGGUACCUGGGUCCUGCCAUUUCAUCUGGCGCUGUCUACCUGGCCUCUUCCUACCAGAACAAGCUAAGGGUUAUCUGCUGCAAGGGCAACCUGGUACAGGAAGGCUCCACCUCUGAGCAACAAAGAAACGGCUCCACCCGCAGCCCUAACAAACGUGGUCCUCCUUCCUAUAAUGAGCACAUCUCUAAGCGGCUAGCGUCCGGUCCCGCGUCACAGGAGAGCCUGCAUCAGCCUGGAACACCCCAUCGCUACCGUGAGGCCCGUACUGAGUUCCGCAGGGACAAGUCUCCUGGUCGGCUGGUGGAGCAGAGGCUGGAGAGGUCUCCUGGCCGGGCCAUGGACCCCCGGCUGGACCGCUCGCCUGGCAGGGUGAUCGACCUGCGGAGAGAGAGGUCGCCUGGCCGAGCAUUUGAGGAGCCUCGCCAGAGGCUUCAUACAGGCUCAGCACGCACACCUAUCAAUGGGGUUAACAAGGUAUGGGAUCAGUCAUCCGUGUGAGUGACGUGAGCUCUGCACCAAUCAGAGGAGAAGAACACAGCCCACACACUACAGGACAGUUAAUCUAUCAUAUCAGUAAGAAGGAUGAAGUAAGUCAUGUGACCUGGUCAACAAACCCCCAAUAAAAAGAGGCAACCAGUGAAAUCUCUGCACAGCAUAGCAACCACAGCACAAUAUCUCACUGUAGAAGGCCUUACUGAAAGAAUAACACCAGUUAUUAUUGAAUUAUUAGUGCCCAUCUGGCUAGCACUAUGUAGUAAAAGUAACACUUUUAAAGUAAUGGGGAAGAGUUGCUUGGUUACAUGAUUGAACAUUCCUGAUUUAACAUACUGGAUAAAAUGCAGUUGUCCCAAAAACAAAUUUACGAAUACAACAUAUAAGCCCCUUUAUUCUUUGUUUCCGUCAGUCUGAUUUUUCUGUCCUUUUUCUUCCCUCUCUUUCAUCUCAACCUGAAGCAGGUUGCCAGAAAGCACAGCAGUGCAAAGAUCAUCUUGAGAUGGUGGAGCAUCACUUUGUAUGCUAAUCUUUAAGGUGAUCCUAACACUGCAGUGCUUUUUGGAAACCGGGUUCUGCACAGUCUCCGAUGUCUGUCUUUAUCUCCUUCUCUCACUGCACUACCCACAAUGUCCGGCAAACAGCCUCUAGCCCUGUUGAAGAAACAGGGAAUUUGUACUACUUCAGGAUGUCAUUUGACACUUGUAUAUAAGCUGUUCUUUCUUUCUUUUCUUUUGUCUUUUUUUUUCUUUUUAACACUGUAAAAGGGAAUACUAAGGCUGGUUAAGCCAUGUCUAUUUUUGUUAACGAAGAAAAGCGAGACACUCGUUUGUAAACGCCUUCUUGAAUGUCUAAACUAAAUAUGUGGACCACA